UGCAGACCAGCACAUUGUUGUUCUGAGCUCUACGCAGUCAUUCGACACAUUUCAGAAGCUCGUCCUAUGACUAGAGUCAAGGUCUCGCCGACGAUCUCUUGCAGCAAUGGACGUUACGCCUCCUUCUUCUGAAUUGGACUUUGUCGACGUCUCCUAUCACAUAUCGAACGAGAUCGACGCCAUUAAAGCGAGCGAGCAGCGAGAGCCCCAUCUUGAACAGGAACGUGUUCAUGACCUUGUCCGCUUCGUCGAGGACCAUGCCAACGAGAUCAACGAAGAUGGCACGGUCCUUCAUCAAUUCCUUCGCGAUGCCAAGAGGGCAGACAAUUGCCCUGCGGAAGUCCUGAACGCCAUCCUCAGGAAGUUUCCAGAAGCAAUUCUGAUGAAUCUCAGUGGAGCCAUUCCUCUGCUAGAAUUCAUCAGAAGACGCUCACGAAAAAUGGUUCGUGUCGUCAUCGAAUUCAUGGCUCAAGAUAUGAAGAAUCACAACUUAGCUUCACUGGCUAUGGCGACCUUCGGUCUCGCUGAAACCUGCUUUGAAGACAACGAGCAGAACCCCGACACUAUGGAAGCUGGCCGAGAAAUUAUUAGAGCUGCCUUCAACUUCAGUGAGAAACCCAACGAGCUGCUCCCGGUCGAUAUAGACCUUCUGGAGAUUCUCGUCAACCUUGCGGCCCCAGAGAUGCUUUCCAAAAGCAUUGACGAAUUGAGCCCGCUCGAGCAAGUUCUGCGUUUUGACUUGUGUAUCAGCGACCCCGAACGUCAACUAGCACUCGUGAUGCUAAUCCUGGACAAAUGCCCCGACAGCAUUUGCGAUUUGGUGACUAAAGAGGUAAGGCUUCAGCCGUGGAAAGCAAAUAGCUCUCUGCGUCAGCCCGAGUACAGCGUGUACAGGUGGCAUAUUGCCACCAGAGACUUUUGGCAUGAUCAGUAUGCUCGACAAAUGAGUGCAUCUGCGCAGGCACAACCGGACCCUUCUGACCGACUAGCUGCCCCUGAGAUCGCGAGCGAAAGGGGGCUUGAGAGAACACAGGCCAAGCCCGGGAUGAUGUUGAAAGGUCCCGUGCCUGCUUCUUAUCCCCGAGGCCCUUCUUUGUUUUCGAAUUUCGAUGCUGGUAGACCAGGAAAACCAAACAUUUUGAAGCCUGGUCGCCCCUCCAUGAUCAUGGAUCAGCCAUCUGUUCUGGAGGGGCGAGGAAAAGAAGGCCAGGUUUCGCGUCGUCCGCUAUUGCGCAACGGAGGUCCUCCAAGUCGGAGAAAACCGAAAGAGAUACGUUUCACGAGACAAGAUGUUGAGGCUGCAGACAAAGCCAGUGACGAAAUUUGCAAGGAGCUCGGAGUUCGCUUUCUGCGAUCGACAGUUUUCCACAGCGACGAGACGAAGAACGCCUUCCGGGAGGUUGACACCGAGAUCCAGCGAUUUUUUGGAGAUCAUGAGAAGCAUUAUUAUUUUGCUAUGGAUACGGCUAAAGAAUACCGGGACAUGACAGAGGCUCAAGUGAGAAAUUAUUUCGGCAAACGGGAUCACUACCAUACUCUUCGUCAUGUCUUUCUUCAGCCGGCUACGAUCCUUCUUGAGAAUGACCAGAAAACGCCUAACGGCUCAUCACGCUACACAGAUCAUCUUCAAUUCUUUAACUGGUUUAGGGAGUGGGGUGUUCGCAAGAUCUUCAAGGUCGUUGUUUAUGAUGGCGACCAUCCUCAUCGAGACGAAGAAAUUGAAAAGGCUCUGGCGGGUUUUGUGCACGGGAAAAAGAAGUAUCCAUCUUUUGAUGUCGAGGUACUCGACUGGCACAAGGAAGAUCUCUGCCCGGAGGUGAUUCAGACAGCGACGCCGCAGGUUCGCGAACUUCACCUGCAUUGGAGUGGACGGAACUCUGUGCUUCGUGGAUGGAGCGAGUCCGAGGGACUGCCUGCACUUGAACAUCUGCAAAGAGUGUAUAUCUACUACACGGCGCCAUCGAUCGAGGAAAGUCGCAUAAGAAAGAACAUUGAAAGCUUCUCAAGGCGCAUGAGACAACCAAGGCGACGACUGACGAAGAUGGGACAGACGAACAAGGACUCAACUAGUACUCAAGCGCAAGUGCAAACGCUGUUGUCCAGACAGUCAACGCUGGCCCAAGCAAAUGAGCAGUUCGAAGACUUCAAGCUUCUGCCAGCUAUUCAAAUCGUUGAUAUGGGCAGAGUUACACCCACAGGCGUACCUGGGUCCGAUCGUACUGCGGGUUCUGCCACAGAAUCUGUAGAACAGCCAUGGUUCAAGUACGUUGAGGAGUUUGUUUCAAUUAUCCCAACGCCGGAGGAGCUGCCAGACUAUGACUUCAGGGAUCCUCACUUGCGUCGAGUUAGGGUAGCACUGAUCGACGACGGAGUUGAUCUCUUCAGCAAAAGCAUGCGUUGUCUAGAGUCGCGCUUCUUGGAAGGUAGAAGCUUCGACCAGACGCCUGAUGGACCGAACCCAGUCUACUCGUCUGUCAGUGGACAUGGAACCUUCAUGGCCAAAACAAUUCUUCGCAUCUGCCCUUUCGCCGACAUCAUACCUUAUCGUUUGAAGACUGUCCGAGACGCAUCGAGCAAUCGUCGAGUACCUGAUGCAAGCAGCGCAGCCAAGGCUAUAAAAGCGGCCAUAGAGCAGGACGUCGACAUCAUCAGCAUGUCUUGGACCAUCCGUAACGACAAUAACAAGAUUCCAGAAGCGACACUGACGGAGCUGCGCAAUGUCGUGAGCGCAUGUCAGGGCACCGGCAGCCAACGCCGUCGCAUACCAAUCAUGUUCUGCGCAGCGAGCGACGAUGGGAUUCAAGGACGCGGCCAGAACGGUAGAGGAGAGUUUCCACGAGAAAUCAACAACGCCAAAGUGCUAUGCAUUGGUGCUGCUGAUCCUCACGGGCAGGUCUGGCCAGAAGUCACCGACCAAAAUGGGCUGAACUACCUAUUCCCAGGCGUGGAUAUCAAGGACGUUUUUGAAGAUGACGGCCAUGAAUCCGACUCCAUAUCAGAGGCUUUGGGCUCUCAAAUCAGCGAUCUCGUCACUAGGAAUGGACGAACAGGCUCGUCGGUUGCCACCGCUCUCGCAGCUGGCCUCGCGGCGCUUCUUAUCCACUGCACCAAGCUGGGAUACUACUAUACCAAUGCAUGGAAAGGCCCCGAGGCUCGCCGUAAAGAGACUAUCACUCAGCAAUUCGUCGAUCAGAUUGCAACUUACGAAGGGAUGCAAAAUGCUCUGGAUAACCUGAGUUCUGGCAGUCGGAGUGGGGCAAAGUAUGCGAAUCCAAGCAAAGAUUUCGCGUGUGCUAUCCAGGAUCUGAGGCAGUACGAUGUGCAAGGUGGAGCGGCGAACAACUUGCCGCAAUCUCUAAAACCUAUCGCAACUCUGUGUCGAAAUUUAUGCCGGAUAUGAAGGCUGACCCAUAGUUGGCUCGAAGAGCUUUGGACUAGUAGGCAUGUCAUUGAUGGAAAGAUGGUCUUGAUAUAUGGAUUUCUUGUUGUUUAGUCUAGCUCGGAACAAACAUUGAAACCGCGUAUUUUAGAUAACAACCGUCUCUAAACCACUUCAUAUUCUCUAUUCAUAUUCUUGAACUUACCUAGUUUUGGAGGGUUCUGUGUUUAGGCGUCCCUAACGGCGAAUCUCAAGUUAAGAGUCUCAGCUUCCGGGUCCGCUUUAAAACUAAAGCCACUCGCGCCUCCCCACACCGUCACCUCCGUGAUCACCUUCUGACCA